ACUGAAUGUUGAAAUGCACUUGUGAAGGAACAUCUCGUUAAUUUGCCAUUCAAUACGUUUUGUCUUUGAACUUUCACUUCAUUAUGCAAAUAUCAACAAAAAUGUUUUGCGUGGUGGCCGCAACAGUGACGUUCACCAUGCUCUUGCUCCAUCGCUGCUCAAUUGAUAGAUUUGAAUUUGCAGGCUCAAAAUAUUCAUCCGCACUAUUUGAGGAGAUAAAAUUUGAAGAAACGCAUACAAAAGGCAACGCCACCACAGAAAGUACCACCGUUGCGGACGAUGGAAACUACAACGGCUUGGCAGACAAUGACAAGAGAUUAUUGAAAUACGCGAAAAGCAUUCUCGUCCCACCACAUUCUCGCUCAGAACCGUACAACUUAAAGAAUGCCAGCAUCGUAGAUUAUUCACAAGAAUCCACUUCGAUAUUUAUUCAUUCUCUGUUGAAAAACAAAACCAAUGGAUUCUUUGUUGAAUGUGGAGCCUUAGACGGCGAGUGGUUAUCAAAUUCCUUGAUGCUGGAGAAAAAUUUCAACUGGACUGGCUUGUUAAUUGAAGGUGGCGCUAAAAAUGUUCAGGAGAUGCUGAAGAAAAAUAGAAAAGCGUGGGUUGCGCCGACUUGUUUAAGCACAUCUCCAAAAUCUAUGGCGGUCACAUUUAAUGACAACAUAUGGGCAGGACAUAUUCUGCAAAAUCCGAACGAAUCCAAAGCGGGUGGUUAUGUGAACAUAACUUGCAUCCCUUUCAACACAUUCGUGGAUGUGCUGGAACUGAAACACAUAGACUACUUCAGUCUGGACGUUGAGGGAAAUGAAUUGGAAAUCCUUCGCACGAUUGAUUUCAAGAAAUUCACAAUUGACGUUAUGGUUGUUGAGCAUCUUAACGUCGGAAACAAAUACGACGGGAUUCUUCAAAUUAUGAAGGAGAAUGGCUUCACCUUAGUUUCGAAAACUAGGCUUGAUCUCACAUUUAUUCACAAUGGAACAAUUAACAAAACUAUUUGAUGCUCUCAAAUUAAAUUUAUUCCU